AUGCCGGCUCGACUGCCACCCAGAGCGACGGCCGCCGGUCGGAGCCUUCUGGAGCAAGCCGUCCGUCCCAAUGGCAAGUCCGUAUGUCUCUUCUGCUCGUUGACGCCGUCGCCAAGCUCAAACUCGACGCGAAACGCGAGACGAAAAGCCGUCGGCCCACCACGCCGGCUCCAGUCCACCUCGACCAGCGCACCGCCCGACGCCCGGAAAGAGUUGGAGGACGCCUUGGUCGACCUGCAAAGGCAUGCUGCCAACUUUGUCAACCUGUCGAGGCUGCAGCUUGCCGUCAACGGGUUGCGACAGCAGCCCGGCAACGAGGCGAUUCGAGUCGCGAUCCUAGGCCUUACCGAUGGCGCAGAAUCGGGCAAGUCCGCGAAGCAGGUGCUCAAGCUACUGCUGGCAGAUCCGUUGAAGGACGAGGAGGAGUGGGAAAGACAGGUGGAACGCCAUGAUUUGGCGCAGCCCAUGAUCAUCAGGGUGGGACGGGAGAAGCACCAAGAGCCCGGUACAAUCUCUCUGGCCAACGACAGCGUGUUACAUGAGGUCAAUGUCUCGUCCGCAACGCUCAAUGGACACAACUUGGAACUACUGCUCAUGGAGACCUUUCCAUUCGACGCGUCGCCGGGAGGAGGAUUGGAGGGGUUCGAAGAUUCCGUGCUGGUGCCUGCUGUUGAGAUCCCAGCAUCCGACUCAGGGAGGUUCUCUCCGAUCACAACGCCCGUACACAAAGCCCUCGUCGUGGGCAACGGUCUCAUGGGUGCUGCCUCGGUGGUGUCGCUACCACUGCUCGAGAGCGAAAGCUUCAUCAAAGCAGCCGUGGACAUGCCAGGGUACAAGUCCGCGGACACCGCGUCUCUGCCAUUCGUCCCAGUUGACGUAGGAACUGCCAGAGUUGGGCUGGGUCUUAUUCGUAACAGCCUCAAUGACGCCAUGGAGUAUGAGCGCAUGUGGUUUCAAAGCAACAUGCCAAAGCUUGCAGAGUGGUUGAAAACCGAUAUCUCCUCUGCAGAGGGUGUGACGAAGGCUCCUGUGCGGCGCUUGAUCGCUUCUGUGCUACAGAAUGCCUCGGCUUCCAUCCGGAAUGCAGAGGCUCGUUCAGUAUCUACAUCGCUUGGAUCCACUGUCGCGCCAACUUCAACACAGCAUCUCAAGGCCAGCUUAGCUGAGUGGGCAGAAAAUGCCCAUGGUGAGCUUCAGGAAUCAUUAGACCUUGCUUUCUCGAGCAAGAGAUGGCGAAAGCUGGGCUGGUGGAAGCUCUUCUGGCGUGUGGACGAUGUCCACAUGCUAACUACGGAUAUCCUCAACCAGCGAUUCCUUCCAAACGCCGAGAAGAAUGCUAUCUAUCUGGCUGGGCGAAUUCAAGAGGCUUCCUCGAGAGCAGACCUUACUGCCGCCUACAGACAGCCCGAGGCACCAGAAACAGACGAAGCCAGUAAUGGACGUAGUCGCUGGCCAAUAAAUAUCCCCACUACAAGGGCGUACCUACAGAACGAGACGAUACCUGCCUUGCAAGCUCUGGCCCAGAAGCUAGUCUUCCAAACACUCAGCACAUCUGGUCUGACCACGUCCCUUGGUGCGCUGGCAUACUUCGGCACCCUUACCACGGGCAUCUACGAGGCUGGUGCUGUCGCAGCUCUCGGGAUUGUCUGGAGCCUGAACCGCAUGCAGAAGCAAUGGGAAACUGCUCGGAAGUUCUGGGAGGGAGAAGUCAGGGAAGAAGGCCGAAAGGCUGUCAGGGGCGUGGAGGUUGCUGUUGAGGAUGUCUUGGAACAGACAGAGGACAUCGCCAAGGGAGAUGUUACCAGUAAUGCCGAGCUUGACAGAGCCCGUCAACUAGUCGCCAAAGCUACUGACGCCCUCGAGAGGCUGAAGUGA